GUUUAAAACAAAAAUUUCGUGAAUUGUAGUUUAUUUUAGGGAAAUAAUGGUUGGGCUCGAUGCCGAAGAUUAAAAAUGAAUCCAGUCCAUUUCUACUAGACCACCACCGAUCAGCAUGUCCUCGCAUUCUAUUACCGCUGCCACGGCAGCGGCGGCCGCCGUUAAGCAACUGUUAUUUCAUCCUUCAUUCACCUUAUCGCCGUUGCAUUGCUACCGCCGUCAAAUUUCCUCUUCCCUUCUCGCAGUCGCCAGUUAUUCCACUACCUUAUCUGCUUCUACUCGUAACAAGAAAAAGCUAAACAGAAAAGAUAAUUCCGUUACCGGUACUAGUCGUCGAGUUCUAAUAGAUUCUGUAGUGAAGAGGAGGACUCGGUCGGAUAAAAAGUUCGAUGAGGAGAGCUUUCGUCAAUUUGGUGACACCGAGAGUCAUAUUCCGGUGAUGCUAGGUGAGGUAUUGGAGGUUUUUGAUUCCCGCAAACUUCAGACAUUUGUCGAUUGUACCCUUGGAGCCGCCGGACAUUCUUCCGCCAUAAUUCAGGCUCAUCCCGAGAUGCAGUCAUAUGUUGGACUGGAUUUUGAUCCUGUUGCCCAUGAAAAAGCAAAAGCCAAGAUUGAUUCGAUCCAAACUUCCAUGUCCCAUGACUCGACUUCCAACCUAAAAACACAUACCUUUCUGCGAAAUUUCAAGAACAUCAAGUCCACAAUAUCUGAGGUAGAUGAGAAGCUUCUGACUUCAGGAAUUGAUGGGAUCCUAAUGGACUUGGGAAUGUCAUCCAUGCAGGUGAACAAUGCUAAAAGAGGAUUUAGCGUGCUUUGUGAUGGACCCCUUGAUAUGAGAAUGGAUCCCCAGGCAAGUUUGACAGCUGAAGACAUACUAAAUUUAUGGCCAGAGGCUGAAGUGGGACGAAUUUUACGUGAUUAUGGGGAAGAGAACAAUUGGCGCUCACUUCAGAAAAGGAUUGUUAAGGCCCGAUUAACUGGUGGAUUGCAUUCUACUAGUGAACUAGUAGAUCUUAUCAGGAGUUGUACAUCUGGUGGAAAAGGAGGGAGGCAAGGUUGGAUAAAGACAGCAACAAGAGUGUUCCAGGCUUUAAGAAUUGCUGUUAAUGAUGAACUCAAGACACUCGAGGCUUCAUUAUAUGAUUGUUUCAGGUGUCUUGCACCUGGCGGGAGGCUUGCUGUUAUAUCUUUUCAUAGUCUGGAGGACAGAAUCGUGAAACAAACAUUUCUCGAUAUCAUCAAAAGCGUUUCCGUUGAUGGAAGCGGAAGCGCGUCCCCUGAUCUGAAAAAUGUUGAAAACGAGCCAUGGAUCAAACAGAUGAUUGGAGGUGUUGGUGGGACAAUCCUUACAAAAAGACCCAUAACACCUUCUCAAGAUGAAGAGAAACUCAAUGUUCGCUGUAGGAGCGCUAAGCUCAGGCAACAGUCGUUGGCGGGUUGUUUGGUCAAUAUCAGUUCUCUUUAUCUCUCUCUACACAAACACUCACUCACAACCACACACCAUUUCCAUGAGCGAUCAGGAGUAUAUAUAUUUCGUAUUGGAAUGAUGAAGGUUUUCAAAUUUGAAGCUUCCCUGAUGCUUCAAAAAGCUUUUCAUUAUCAGGAAUCACGUAAUCGAUUUUGUUCCAGGAGGAGAUUAAGAUUUAUUUCCAAUAGCAGUAAUGAGAAAUUAGACUCUAAUGUCAAAAAGGCUAAAUUAUCUGCUAGGAAGAAGGAUCGAGUCAAUAUUCCUAGCUACAACGACCUACAUGGAAGAGGGGAAAAAAUAUACCCAAUUAGGGAAUUUCUAAGCCAUCCAUCUGGAACUGAAGCACUUCUAAAUACUCAAGCCCUGCAAAAAUUCGAACAACUCGAUCUUACCACUUACAGGUGUACUUUGCCACAACUGAAUUUGCUAAACUUUGAGGUCUCUCCUGUGAUAGAUUUGCGUGUUACCCCAACAACUGAAGAUUGCAUGGUGGAGUUGUUAUGUUGCAAGUUUGAGGGUUCCGAAGUCGUGACACAACAAAAUGAGCAUUUUUCAGCUGAGAUGACAAAUUACAUAACUUGGUGCACAAAGAGCUCUGAACCAUAUCUGGAUGUUGACGUGAAGCUAGAUCUCACUCUUGAGAUAUACACCAAACCAUUUAGCAUGCUGCCAACAUCUGCAGUUGAGGUUCCAGGCAGCUUAAUGAUGCAAGCUUUAGUAGACAGACUUGUACCCUUGUUACUCCAACAGCUGAUACAAGAUUACGGAAGAUGGCUGCUAACACAGAAUCCAGAAUCCAACCUCAUCAUAUCAAAUUCAGCAUAACUACUGUUUUCUCAUAAGAUAUUUGUACAUUCUGUUUACAAAACUAAUAAGAAUUUUUUAUAAAAAAAGGGAAGACAUGUAGUUAUAGCCUUGGCAUGAAAAUGAAAAAUCUCAUAUGGAAACCAAAAGGCUGCUAACAGUAUAAUGUAGGUGAGCUUACUGACCACUCACACAAAAUAUAUGUGAUUGGCUAAUUAGUCACCAAAACUGUAAUUAUAAGAGUCAGAAAUUUUUAUAAGAUAUGUAGUUAAAGAGACUUGUAGUGAUACUAUACUAAUUCUAGUUCCACAUAAUAAGACUGUUUAACAGAAUAAUGUUGGUGAGCUUACUGACCAUUCACAUAUCGAUUAUCAUCAUGUGAACGGCUAAUUAGCCACCGUGUACGGCUUUCAAAUUGACACAAAAUGACGUUCUUCAAUGGCAGAUUAUGAGCAUUUAAAACUCACAACCUAGAAAUGAAGUAUGCAGGUGAAUCCUACUGCUAAUCUACCAAGAAACAACAAAUAAUUAUUUUGCCCAACUACAUUUAUAAUCAAAUCAUGUCAUUCCUAUGAAACGAUCCUAAGUUUAUGAUUUAUGAUGGAUAACAAUGCACAGAAUGAAGUGCAAACAAUCAAACUCAACGUAUUCGAAUUAGAGAAAACAAGGCAUAAGGAGAAGCAUAUAAAACCAAGUAAGCGACUACAAAGCGUAUACAUACAUUUUGAAAGGAAGUAGAGACUGGAGAGUGGAGACGGAGAUAUUAUUCUGUGUCCUGCCCUAUGCGGUGCUAGGGUUUGGGUGGG